GCUUCGUGCAGCAGUCAGAGACAGGCGAGACUCCGGAGAGCUCCAGUGCGCGCUUUCCUCCUCAAUCUGCCCCGGAUCUGGAUCAACCUGCUCCUGAGGAGCUUUCCUCCCAGCCCAGUGUGUCAGGAACAUCAGGACUAUACACACGGACAGAUACACACACACUCACACACGCAUACACACACACACACCGCUGUGGAUUUGUGCGCCCGGAUUGGCGUGGGUUUUUUUUCUUGUUUUUAUUAAAUUUUUUUCUAAAAGGAGUGAGGAUUUCCACUUCAGCCCUGUCAGUAUUCCCAGAGGUUUCUGGAGGAGAAACUGUUGCACGAUGCUUUCGGACAGGUUCCGGUCGGUCCGGAUUCUCCUCGUUCUGUUUGUUCUCCUGGUUCCGAGCUCGGCCAGUGAUGCUCUCUCCGCCCCUCGGGUCUACCUCUCCUUUAAAGAACUGAGGUCCACGAACACGGCGCAUCAUUUCUCCUUCCUGUUAAACACGUCGGAUUACCGGAUCCUUCGCAUGGACGAGGAUCACGACCGCAUGUACGUAGGGAGCAAAGACUUCAUCCUGUCGCUGGACCUCCACGACAUCAACCACCAGCCACUCAUUAUCCACUGGCCUGUUACCUCACCAAGGAAGAUGGAGUGUGUGUUAAGUGGUAAAGACAACAAUGGUGAGUGCGGGAACUUUGUGCGUCUGAUCGAGCCGUGGAACAGGACUCACCUGUACGUGUGUGGGACUGGAGCCUACAACCCCGUGUGCACCUACAUCAACCGCGGACACAGAGCCAUGAUGCCUCUGCACCUGCAGGUGCCCCAGUCCAGAGGGAGGUCAAGUCGGGCGGCCGAGCUCGAGACUGUGACUGAUGAGACGGGACUACAGGAGUACAUCUUCCGCUUGGAGCCAGGCAAUGAGGAUUCUGGGAAAGGAAAGUGCCCAUAUGACCCAAAACUGAACAGUGUCUCUGCUUUGAUCAAUGGAGAGCUGUAUGCAGGCGUGUACAUCGACUUCAUGGGAACAGACUCAGCUAUUUUCCGAACAAUGGGGAAAAACACAGCCAUGCGCACGGACCAGUAUAACUCCAGAUGGCUGAAUGACCCCUCUUUUGUGCACGUGCACCUCAUCCCAGACAGUGCAGAGAAAAACGACGACAAGCUCUACUUCUUCUUUCGCGAGAAGUCUUUGGAGAUGGGCCAGAGUCCUAAAUCAGAGUCACGCAUCGGACGCAUCUGCCUGAACGAUGAUGGUGGUCACUGCUGCCUGGUGAACAAGUGGAGCACGUUCCUCAAAGCUCGCCUCAUCUGCUCUGUCCCAGGGGCUGAUGGGAUUGAAACACACUUCGACGAGCUCAGAGACGUGUACAUACAACCAACACAGGACAUCAAGAACCCGGUCAUCUACGGGGUCUUCUCCGUCUCUGGCUCGGUGUUUAAAGGCUCAGCGGUUUGCGUUUACUCCAUGGCCGAUGUUCGGAUGGUGUUUAACGGACCAUUCUCACACAAGGAGGGUCCAAACUACCAGUGGGUGGCGUACACGGGAAAAAUCCCCUACCCACGGCCAGGAACGUGUCCUGGAGGAACCUUCACCCCCAGCAUGAAGUCUACCAAGGAUUACCCUGAUGAGGUCAUCAACUUUAUGCGUAACCACCCUACCAUGUACAACUCGGUGUACCCCGUCCACAAGCGCCCUCUGGUGGUCAGGACCAAUGUGGACUAUGAGUUCACCACCAUCGCCGUUGACCAGGUGACGGCAGCCGACGGAAACUACGAGGUCCUCUUCCUGGGAACAGACAGAGGGACGGUGCAAAAGGUGAUUGUUUUGCCAAGAGACGACCUGCAGACGGAAGAGCUCAUCCUCGAGGAGGUGGAGGUGUUCAAGGUCCCGACUCCUGUUACGACCAUGAAGAUUUCAUCUAAAAGGCAACAGCUGUACGUGGCGUCAGUGGUGGGCGUGACCCAGCUCGCGCUGCACAGGUGUGACAUGUAUGGCGAGGUGUGCGCCGACUGCUGCCUGGCCCGAGACCCCUACUGCGCCUGGGACGGCAAAUCCUGCUCCCGCUACUCAGCCUCGCACAAGAGGCGCAGUCGGAGACAGGACGUUAAGUACGGGAACCCGAUACGGCAAUGCCGUGGCUACAACUCCAACGUCAAUAAGAACCCUCCACAUUCGGUGCAGUACGGUGUAGAGAGCAGCAGCACGUUUCUGGAGUGUCAGGCCAGAUCUCCACACGCUGCCAUCAAAUGGCACUUCCACAAAGACAACAGUGACCGGAAGAGAGAGGUUCGUUCAGAUGGACGUGUACUGAAGACGGAUCAGGGUUUGCUGCUGCGAUCUCUCCAGGCAUCUGACUCAGGUGUGUACGUCUGCUCGGCCACCGAGAAGAACUUCAAGCACACGCUGAUGAAGCUGCAGCUGGUGGUGUUGUCAAGCCAGGCGGUGAACAGCGUGCUACUGGAGAGCGGCUCUCGGCCUCAGACGAGUGCUUGGACGCCCAGCGCCGGCCAGUACCGAGAGCUUCUCAGCAUCCUGAGCCAACCUGAGAUGGGCCUCAUCAACCAGUACUGCCACGACUACUGGCAGCUCGGGGACGCGCUCAGAGACAGCGGCAGCGUCAAACCCAGCGAACUCAACGAGCAGAAGAAACCGCGCAACCGCCGGCAUCAUGGUGAAGAGCACGAGGACGAGGAGGAGACAUGAGGACCUCCGUCACACUUUCAGAGACUUGAUCUUGACCGUGAUGGGGGGAAAAAACACAACGUUUCCGAACUUUUGCCAGAACGAACAGAUGUCCCAGAUGUUAUAACGCGUAAAGAAUAUCAUACACAGUAUUUAUUGUAGGUUGUAAAUAGUAUAAUUCUGUGGAUUUCUUUGUACUUAAAUAGAAAAAAAAGGAAAAGAAAAGAAUGCUCUUUGUGUAUAGAGCAGAUAUUAUUGUUAUACCAUUUUUAUUGUCAUUAACGAGGAACAAAAAUCUAUCGGGCAUUGACGGGCGUUUUCAUCUCGACUUGAGUGUUUGGACUUCGUAAAAAAAAAAAAACAAAGAGGUGGGACUGUGCUGUCUGCAGGAACACGAGCAGAGACUUUAUUUCCGACAGACAGAGGGGGAAGACGUCGUUCCCAAGCCUGGUGUGUUCUGGCUCAUCAGCACAUCAUUCAUUCAGUCUUCCUUUCUGAGCACAUCUCAUAUAUAUAUAUAUAUAUAUAUAUAUAUAUAUAUAUAUAUAUAUAUAUGUUCUACAUGAUUGCACAAAAGUUCAGGUGGCAUAUGAACUGAAAGAAAAGAAGAGAAAAGGAGCAGGGUGUGAUGAGAGACGAUCACACAGCACAGUCGUCGUUUCUUGGACUCCAGCCUGGACUUUGAGAUUAUGGAUGAAAAUGUGCAUUAGGUUUGUUCUGCUCCUGAUGAAAUAUACCUAUUAGUAAAGAUGUUUGAAACCACUGCAGACUGACUCUGGGCAGCUUCAACCCUCACUUUUACCACUUUUGUAAAGAAGAAAAGCACAAAGUGACUCGUUACGUCACAUGACAGUGAAGCACACGUCAUUACAGACCUGUACCGGUCUGGGAUUAUAUACAGGAAACUUGCAAAAACAAAAAAAUAGCUACUUACCACACAUUGCUCCGUACUGAAUUUUCCAGACUGAAAUUCACACACAUUAUAAUUCCUGCAUUAGAAUAAUUGUUACAUGCCCAUUUGUUACUGUUAUUAUGGUAGGCUUUAUACUCCAGGAUUUAUGGUAAUAUCUUGGUGCAAAAAUCAGUCACCUCAAUUCAGAACUCAGAAGAGAUCAAUGCUAAAUAGGCAGAGUGCACUAUUAUCCUUUUUUUUUUUUUUAUAAUACACAAUUUGCGCUAUUAUCAAAAUUAGUAUUAAAGGUGCAGGGUGUAAUUUUUAAAGUGUUCCUAAACCUAUAAUAAUCAUACCUUUUUAAGGGUACCUGGAAGAACUGCGAUGUGCGAUACUGCAGAAAAUCUUCCCAGUUUCUUCAUUUCAGGCUUCUGUGCCAACUUUUUCCAGCCCGUAAAUGAGUCCCACCAAAGCCAAAACUGUGCUCUUUUACCUAAACGGCAACUCAUGGGGCAAAUAUGUUGUCAGAGGAAGGGGCGGAGUCUGUUGUGUGGAGGGUAAUCAAAGACUGUACCAAAGCUUAGGAAAUAAGCUGAAUUUCUGCAACACUAACAGGAUAAAAACUAAAUACUAAAAUGGCAGGACAAACACAGAAAAUAAAAUAUGAUUUAUGCAACAAGGCAGCAGAACUGACAGUGAUGUUUUGUCCGGAAAAUACGGUACUCAUCAGGAAGUUAGCUUUCACUGUGUGCAUGACUAAUGUGUUUGUAAUACUGUAAUUCUAAACACGAAAAUCACUGUUAUUUUUUUUUUUCCUUUAUACAUUUUCGGCAAACCAGGAGACAGAAGAAAUUACCUGAGAGCAAUGAUACACAAUGAUACACUGUUUUUUUUGUCCAUCCUCCGACAUACAGUACUAUGUGUGGGAUUGUUACUGUGCUGAGGAAAUACCACACGUUCCACAUCUGUAUCUUUCCUUCAUCUUACAACAGGAGGAAAACGGUUGUACAAUUUAUUGGUCUUGUCGUCUUUCAUCAUCACUUUUUAAGCCUAAAUGCACAGGUGAUGUUAUUGCAAUGAUUUGUGUAAAUGACCCCGCCCCCUCUCCUUGUUGGUGUUGCUAACUAAUAAAUUAAAGCUCUAUAUUUUAUAGUAA